AUGGACGCCAGCGCCGUGUACGUCCGGGAAAGGGGCAAGCUGCGUCGCGUCAGCGACAUCGUUCUCAAGCCGGUGGCCUCCUCGCCCUCGAGUUCUUGCCGUCGGACCAACCCGCUGGUGCUCCGUAAGGAGCACUUCGUGUUCACGUACAACGCGGAGGGCAGCCUGCGCUACAGCAGCAAGUCUCUGUUCGACAUCGCGUUGCUCUUCGUGGCCGGCAACGUGCAGCACGUCGACUCGCUGGUGGGCUUCCCCGAGCAGAUCGGCGACAGGCUUUUCGCCGCGGCCGAGGAGAACCGCGUGUUCCUGAAGCCGGAGGUGUCCCCCAAAGCCUUGCGGCUCUUCUGCGACGCCUAUGGAGACAUGGUGCUCGGAUCCCUCUGCCUCAGGAACAGGUUUCCUCUGUUGAACGAGCGCAUGGCUGACAUCAAAACCUUCCACAGUUUGAAACGUUUGGACCUGUUUGGCUGCAGAUUAGGCGAUAACCACGAGAUCUUCCAGCACCUGACGUCCGCCUCGCUGGCGAGUUGCCUGACUCAGCUCUUCAUCGGAGGCAACGGCCUGUCGGACGUGGGCCUGCAACGGCUGACGGCGCCUGUGAGGAUGAUGAGGAAAGGACUGGACUGUCUUCAGUGCCUGGAUGUUUCACACAACCCUAUCUCCGAAAGGGCUCUCCGCUACCUCAACUGUCUCCCUAAACUUGAAAAACUGGACGCGUCUGGCACCGGCAUGAAGUUUGGUACAAGACUGAAGUCUACCAUGUGGGAACUGCUGGGCCUGAUUUAUUCUGAGAAAGCGCUGGACGCCUUUGACCACUCCGGAUGUAAAACCCAAGGAUGGGCAGAACAGGUGGUGAACCAGUGGGAAACCAAUGGCGCGCAAAUGCCAAAACAGAAGAAACUUGAUGAGUCCAGAAUAUCAGCACUUCGCUUUUUUGGCAGGCAGAAGUUCGUCCGCGAGGUGUUGAACAAAGCGCUGUCGUCUUGCGACGCGACAGCUGAGGAUGAGCCGCAUUUGCAUUUCUACAAACCUCCGGCAGGCAGCGCCCCAAAUGCCGCGCGCAAAAGCAAACGACCGUCGGAAAAAUGCGGCGACGUUUCCCGGACGAGCCCUCUGGCGAAACGCUCGCCCACGUCGGUGCUGACGGCUGAAGACAUGGACUUGUUGGAUCAGUACUGAUAUAUCGACACCAGUAUUUGCACAGUUUGCAAAUUUUUUUUAUUUUUGUAUAUCUUUUUUGUACAGUUCAAUUAGUGUCUGUUGAGCAACUUUCCUUGAAUUGUCCGAUUAAAAUUAUUCAUUUAAUUUUCUGUUUAUAAAGUCAAGUUAAAAUUUU